GGGCGAGAAGAAAUGAGAGGGAGAGAGGGGGAACGUGAAGAGGAGUGAGCGAGUGUGAAAGGGAAAAAGAGCGUGAGGGAGAGAGAAAAGAUAAUGCAAGCAGGAAGAACACGGAGCCAGCCGGUAUGAGCCAUUAGUCAAAGUUGCGGUCAUUAGGAAUGAUCUCCAUGCCAACUCGCACCACGGCCACGGUCAGCCCUCUCACCCCGCUUGCCAAUGGGAGUGCGGCUGCUCAGUCUGCUCACUCUGGAUUCGCUGCCGCCCUCCGUCAAUUGGCCAAACAGGCUGAAGAUCCCAGAGGUUCUUCUCCCAGUAGUGAGUCUUCAGUCUCCUCUCCAGCCACCUGUCUCAGUAAUUCAGUCACUGCUCCUAAGAGGGGGUUGUCAGGUCCACUCCAGACCUCAAGUGGGGUAGACAGCCUUCCCUCCACCCCUCCUGGAGUCACCAUCGCCCCAACUCACAGCAAGACCAGCAACAUUCUCUGGAUAGGAGAAGGGCACCAGGCUGAGUCAGGUGUUUGUGGAGUGAGUAGGGAGAGUGUUGGGUCUGAGCUCAGCCCUUCCCAGGAGAAAGGAGGUUAUCCUGUCCCCUCUCAUCACGUCUUGGCUCACCCCUCUUACCCCUUCAGCCUCACCCCCAGCUCUGUCAUGCAGGACCGGCGACUACAGGGCCUUAGUCUACCUGGUCAGGUACACCCUGCAGUUCCCUCUGGGACGGUCCCAGAGGAGUACCUGAGAGGACUCCGCCCCUUUGCUACCUCAGACGACCUCCGCCUACCCUCGCUGCACCUGGGGCUUGACCCCGUCACCGCUGCCCAUGUUACUGCUGCUGCUGCCUACUACCACCCUGCCUAUCUCCACCACCUGCACAGGUCAGUCUAUAGACCACCCUGCCUACCUCCACCACCUACACAGAACACCCUGCCUACCUCCACCACCUACACAGGUCAGUCUAUAGACCACCCUGCCUACCUCCACCACCUACACAGGAUGGAGGAGUCUCUGUGUCUGUCUGCACUGCGCUCUCAGUUCUACUCUGUACCAGCAGGCGGAGCCUUCUCUACCCUCCACCCCUCUGCCCUCCACAUGCACGUGCCUGGGGCACGCUACCCUGGGGAGCUCAGCCACACACACAGCGCAAUAGCUGAGAGGAAAGGCACAGGUAAGCCCACCCUCCCUGCCCUCCCAGUCCCUAAACCUCUACAACCAGACCUCCAGUCCUCCAGGGGGUCAGCCUCUCACCCCAUUCCCACCCUGGUGCCCUCUCAGAUUGGGAACGCACACACUGCCUCAGCCUCUACCGGGAGGCUCCAUGGAACACUGGCCUCUGCAAUGAAGCUCCAACAGGCCAAUGGGGAGAAGCUUUGGUUGUCAAAGCAACGCCGGCAGGGGCAGGAGAGUGAGGCGUGGUCACCUGGGGAAGGGGUGGAGCCUAGGAGACACAGCUACAGGUCCAACGCCAGCCAGCGUGACCCAGAGACCUCCCCAGACCCUCGUCGCAGGUUUGACUCCCCAAUUCCCCCCUCCCGCCCUCCUCCUGGUCUGACCAGAGCUGAGUGGCCCCCCAGCUGGGAGCGGGGGGAGGAGGGAUGCAGGAGGAUGGGGGAGGGCCCAGAGAGGUUCUCCUUCAUCAGGGGACCCGUUCUGCAGAUUUCUGGCCUCUGGAGCAUGGCUGAGCUUGAAAGAUCCACUCACAGUCUCCACCACCAACAUAACCACCUCCACCAGCAGGGCUCACUGCGCCUGUCCUCCCCCAGCCCCAGCUCUGACCUGGGGGUCCAGCGCCCGUCCAGCUCCCCCUCUCCCUCCAGGGACCUCCAGAAGUCUGAGCGGCCAGGCCAGGAGCCUCAAAACCCAGUGGUGUACGAUAAGAUCCUUCAGCAGCAGCACAGGCUGGUCAGCAAGCUGGAUCUGGAGGAGAGCAGGAGGAGAGAGGCCAGGGAGGGAGGGUAUUACUAUGAUCUAGAUGAGUCGUAUGAUGAGAGUGAUGAGGAGGAAGUGAGGGCCCACCUCAGAAGGGUUGCAGAGCAGCCCCCCCUAAAACUAGACACAUCCUCAGAGAAGGUGUGUUUUCUGCGCGUGUGUGGCCUGACCACGCUGGCCCAUCGUGACCAGCUGUUUCAUCAGAAGAGGAGGAAGAGGAGGAGGAUGCUGAGAGAGCGCAGCAUCUCCCCUCCUCCUGUACAAGGCAAGAGGAAGACCCCUUGUUCUACUGUGGCACCUGUUCCCCCCCUCAGCACCACUCUCACCCCUGAAGAGAUGGACUGUUUCCCCCAACUGGAGGACAAGAAACACUUCCUCAACAUGCUUAGCCUGUCCCAUGUCACCAGCCAGCAGAGGAGAGAUAAGGAAAAGAUGGAGGGGUUGCUGAAGGCUAUAAAGCUAAAGAGUGUGACAUUGGACACCAUCAGAUACAACCCAUUACCCCUCUGUAGCAGCACUCCUGUUCUCUCAACUGGCGACUACACACCUGACCUCCCAGCCUGCAAGUCAAACGGACUAGACUACCCAGACUCCCCAAGCCCCUUGCCUCCCUACCCCCACCAUCCCGACAACCUUCACACAGACCCACUAAACCCCCAACCCCCUCCACCCCGCCACCCCCCUCCCCUGGGCCUCCACCCCGACAGGGCAGGACUGUGCGAACGUCACCCAUCUAAGAGGCUCCAGGGUCUCCAGAACGGAGCGGGCCACCUUGGCCAUCCUACCCAACUGAAGGUGCCCCUGACUGGGCAGAAUGGGCAGAACAAGCCCUGGGAAAGAUUCAUCCGGGAGGACUUCGCCCAACAUUUCCACCAGGCUGUGUUGCAGUCUACCCACAAGACCCUGGGUAGCUCCAUAUGCGUUCCGGAGUCCAGUAUAAAGUCUGAGCCCUCAGCGCCCUACAACAUCCCCCCUCUGAAGAGACCAGACCCCCUCCACACACCUCCACACCCAACCAAUGGGCAUCAUCCCUACCCUUCUCCACCCCACCAUGACCCUGAUGGCGUACGGGUUGAGCGCUCAGAGGAAGAUGAGGAAGAGGAUGAGGAAGAAACCCCUAGGAAGUGGAAGGGCAUAGAGUCCGUCUUUGAGGCGUAUCAGGAGUAUGUGGAUGAGCGGGGUAUGGAGAGACAGGUUCUCCACAGUCAGUGCAGGAGGCUGGAGACUCAGAACUACACUCUCAGCCUGACAGCUGAACAACUCUCACACAGCAUGGCGGAGCUGCUGAGUCAGAGACAGAGGGUGAGAGAUGAGAGAGAGAGACUGCAGGCUCAGCUAGAGCACUUCAGGAAGUGUCUGACCCUUCCCAACGUGCACUGGGGCAAGGGGCAGCUCAAAGGUCACCUUCCCCGGUGACUCCCUACCCUGCUCCUGACAGAUUGACAGAGACAGACAGACAGACUGACUGACCUCUGGAGAGAGGAAACUGGAUUGGUUCCCAGUCAGAGGCAGAGAUUGAAGAGAACUCUGGACUGGGAAGGAAGAGAGGAUGGUAGAAAGGGAGGAGUGCCACACUCCUAGACUCUGUAGUGUGGUCAGACUCACCAUUGGUGAAAGACUAGAAGUCUAAAAGCUGGAGGUCGUAGCUACAGUGGGGAGAACAAGUAUUUGAUACACUGUCGAUUUUGCAGCUUUUCCUACUUACAAAGCAUGU